AUGGUCGUUGAAUCAGAUGACUCUGGUUUUCGCCAGUUGGAGUAUUAUUCUUUAGUUUCAAAAGUCUGCACAGAAUUGACAAACCACUUGGGUUUAGAUGACAAAGCUUUGGCUGAGUUUGUUAUUCAUUUAGCCAAAAAAAAUCCAACCUUUGAAAAAUUCAAAAAUGCCCUGGAAAAAAAGGGUGCCGAGUUUACGGAUCCAUUGAUAGCCAGUAUUCUGCGUUUAGUUGAGAAAAUGCUUCCAAAGAAAGAAAAAGUUACUAAAAAGAAGACAUUAAAACCAACUAACAAAAUGGAUUCUGAGCAGGACGCUGUGAAAAAUAAGUUGGAAUUAAGAAAACGACUUCUACCAGCAUUGUGUAUGCCAGAUGAAGACCCCAACGAUGAAAAGCGAUUAGAUGUUGGAUCGGAGAAUGUAGAACCUUGCUAUACUACUGAUAAAAAAGGUGAAGUUGAAGACAAAUUCAUUCAUCCUGAUGAACUGGAAAAUAAACCAUACCAUAACGAUACUACUACUAAUAAUAAUAACGAUAAUAGUACUAAUACUGGGAGUAGUGGAGAUGAUGUUGAGGCCAUAGCUAUGAUUAAAGAUUUAGAAUUAUUGUUAUCAGAUGCAAAAGUAGCAUCUCUGUCCGAAUCGAAAUCGCAUGAUGAAAAGAAAAGUGGAAAUAGACGUGGUCGUCGUUCACGUUCACAUUCCAAGUCACCACAUCGCUCACGUCAUUCAGAUAGAAGAUCUUAUCAUAGAAAUUCUGACAGCUUUGGUGAUUAUCGUGGGCAUCGUAAGCACUCCAGAUCGCCUCACGGUAAACAGUCUAGAUCUCCGUCACCACACUCCAGACGUCGAUCUAAAGAUCGGUCUCCAGCGAAUAGAUCAUCAUAUCGUAGAAGUCGACAACGAGCUGAUCGUACUCCACCUAGAAAAGUUUCCGGUGGCUCUAACAGUCCAACUUCAUCUGAAAAUAAACGUCUUAAUGAUCUUCCUAUGGAACCAUCUAUUGGAGAUAUUUAUCGCGGUCGUGUUACAAAUGUACUUGCAUUUGGAGCAGUUGUCCAGCUGGAUGGCCUUCGUAAAAGGUGGGAAGGAUUGGUUCAUGUUUCUCAGCUUCGUCGAGAGGGUCGUGUUGCUAAUGUUGGGGAUGUAGUUAAUCGUGGUCAAAAGGUUUGGGUAAAGGUUAUCUCCUUUACUGGUACGCGAACAGGCUUAAGUAUGCGUGAAGUAGAUCAAGAAACUGGUGCAGAUCUAAAUCCUUCAAAUAUCUCAGAGAAGAAGCCUAGUUACUCUAGCGAAUCAUCGAGCAAAGACAAAUUACGGCUUGUGGAUGAAGAGAACAUUGAUGGAGUUCGUAAUCCAGAUCGCCCUGCAACCAAUCCAGGGUCUGGACUUUUUGGCAGUAGACGAAGGGAUGUUGGAUUCGAAGAAGAUAUUGAAUCUGGUCCUAAAAGGAAGGUUCAACGGAUCAGUAGUCCAGAACGCUGGGAAUUAAAACAAAUGAUGUCAGCUGGAGUUAUCGAAAAAACGGAAUUACCAGAUUUUGAUGAAGAGACUGGACUUCUGCCACGUGACGAAGAAGAAUCUGAUGAAGACAUUGAAAUUGAACUUGUUGAAGAAGAACCACCAUUUCUCAAGGGUCAUGGUCGACAUGCUAUGGAUUUGUCGCCGGUUAGAAUUGUUAAAAAUCCCGAUGGAUCACUUCAACAAGCUGCUAUGAUGAGACAAGCUCUACAAAAAGAACGACGCGAAAUGAAACAACAAGAAAGACAGAGUCAAGUAACAGCUGAACGUGAGGCUGCUCCCGAACGGAUGGGUAAAGACUGGCACGAUCCAAUGGGUUUUACUCUGGAAAAUGA